AUGCUUCCAUUUUAAAAGUGAAAAAAUAAACGCGCGCAUUCAAAUCCAGUUCUGCAAAUUUUCGCGAGAUCGCUCUUUCACUGUGCUUCAAUUCUUCUCUACAUAUUUUCGAGAUCAGAAAACCUAACCGGUUUAACGAAUGUCAACUCAAAAGGGAAGCAUGAGCAGUGGAUCUACAAGGAAACGUAUGAAACCUGAGGUUGAAGAAAAGAUAGGAGAUGAAGCUGAGUCGCAGAUUGUACUUGUACAGGAGGAAGGGUUUGAGACUAACCAAGUUGGGUCUGAAGAAAUGGAACUCAAUAUUUCUCUUGUUCUUGAGAAGAUUGAGAAUUUUACUCAGAGGGUAUCUGAACUCCUAGAAUCAGGGAAAACAAUGUUUAAGGACCUAUGCAAUGAAUUUGAAGAGAAACUGAUCAUGAUUCACAAGGAGCAAGUUGAAAAAUGGCAGGAAGAAAUCAAAGAAUUGCGUGCACUUGAUGCCUCAAAUGAGGAAGCCAAUGCUCUUCUGCAAAAUGCUCGAUAUGUACUUCAGAUCAGUCGUAAUGAUUAGUCAAGGUAGUUGGUUUAUCCCAAACAUUAAUCAGGUAAAAAGUAUACAUUGAUAGAAGAUGUGAGAAUCUGCGAACCCUGGGAAUACUUGGGGCAGUUUUGGAUCAUUAGGAUCCAAUUCAUAUCUGUUGGAUUGUGUUUAGCUGUCUAUCGUUAGUUUAAACUUCUAUUUGAAAUAGAUACUCGCGAGUCACCAUAUUUGGUUAAUCUUGUUCGAGGUAUAGAAGAUAUUUUAGUAGUAGUGAUAGAUAAAUCUGUAGCAUCUUUGUUUGAAGAAUGUCAUUUCAAAAACAGGUCCAAUGUUUCUUGAAUUUUGCAAGUGCUGCAUGGAAAAUACUUGCACUAGUCCAACCUUUUACACCGUAAAUGUAUUUUGGUUUUGAACUUGCCUUUGUUCUAAUUCAACUUGCCUUGACCAAUUUGUUGGUGAUGAUUUGAGCU